ACAGCCUCCUUCACUCGCAACCAGCCGUCACUGGGAGUACAUCCUCACCCCUCCCCACCUCGCUCUCUCUCUCUCUCUCUGCCCUUUAUCUCUCUACAGCCCCAGCUCUCUCUCUCUCUGCAAUUCCCUCCUCGCUUGCUCUUUGCUCCUCGCUUGGCGGCUGCUGCUGCUGCUGCUGUUCGCCUGCUGACAUGGCCGGGGCGCGUGCGGGUGUGCACGCCCUACAGCUCAAGCAGAUCGGCGUUCCAGACGCCCUCAAGAAAGGAAACAAGUUUAUAAAGUGGGACGACGAUUCGACUGCAGGUGUGCCUGUCACACUCCGAGUGGACCCGAAUGGCCAUUACCUAUACUGGUUGGACCAGAACAAGGAGACGGAGUGUCUGGAUAUCACCAGCAUCAGGGAUACGCGCACAGGAAAAUCCGCACGGACUCCAAAGGACGGCAAGCUGCGUGACGUCUUCGAGAGCGGGAAUGGAGAGGGCCGACUGGAGCAAAAGACGGUGACCGUGGUGUUUGGAUCAGACUUCGUGAACCUCACUUUCCUAAACUUUGUGGCCUUCUCUGAAGAGAUUGCCAAGGAGUGGGCGACAGGAAUCUUUCAACUCGCUUCAAAUCUCCUCUACCACAACUCCUCCCGGGACAUCUUUCUGGAUAAACUGUAUACAAAGCUGACUCUACAGCUGAACCAAGAUUCGAAGAUUCCAGUUAAGAACAUUUGCCGGCUAUUCGCAGCAGACCGCAGGCGGGUGGAAACGGCGCUGGAGAGCUGCGGACUGCCGAACGGCAGGAAUGAUGCCAUCAACCCGACAGAGUUUGGACCCGAUGUGUUCAGACUUUUCAUCAAAAGCAUUUGCCCUAGGCCUGAGAUUGAUGGGAUAUUUGCUGAAGUGGGGGCACGCAGCCGUCCGUACUUGACAGUGGACCAGUUCACAGAAUUCAUCAACAACUGUCAGCGUGACCCCCGCCUCAACGAGAUCCUCUACCCUCCGCUCAAGCCGUCGCAGGUUCAGCUCAUGAUAGAGAAGUACGAGCCCGACGCCAGCCUGGCAAAAAAAGGCCACAUCUCAGUGGGAGGAUUCCUCAAGUUCCUACAAGGGGACGAGAACUCUGCCAUCCCAGCCGAGAAAAUCGACUUGAGUGACGACAUGAUGCAGCCGCUCUCUCACUAUUUCAUCAACUCGUCCCAUAACACCUACUUGAUGGCCGGUCAGCUGGCCGGGAGCUCGUCGGUGGAGAUGUACCGGCAGGCACUGCUGGCCGGGUGUCGCUGCGUGGAGCUCGAUUGCUGGAAGGGACGCACGGCUGACGAGGAGCCGGUCAUCACGCAUGGCUUCACCAUGACCACGGAGAUCCUGUUCAAGGAUGUGAUCGAAGCCAUAAAGGACUGCGCGUUCAAAACGUCACCCUUUCCUGUCAUCCUCUCCUUUGAGAACCACGUGGACUCCCCCAAACAGCAAGCGAAGAUGGCAGAGUACUGUCGGACAAUAUUUGGAGAUGCUCUGCUGAUGGACCCUCUGGAAAAGUACCUGCUGGAGUCUGGGAUUCCCCUGCCCAGCCCUCAGGACCUCAUUGGCAAGAUCCUCAUCAAGAACAAGAAGAAGAAGCACCCACCCAAGGGGGCCCAGGAGGGCGGCUCGGCCAAGCGUCGGGCAGGAGAGGCCAUCUCAAACACGCAAAGCGACUCCUCCAGCGUGUGUGACCCCUGCUCUCCAAGCACAGGCUCCGAUCUGGCGCAGACGCCCCAGAGCAGUGACAGUCUGUGUGCAGGCCUGGAGGCCGAUGAGACCACACAGCCGACCCUGCUCAAGAAGCCAUCUGGUGAAAGCAUGACCAAUAAAAGAUCCCUGAGCCUAAUGGCCGGCAUGGGUUCUGCACAAGUCUCAGGGGAGGGAGAUGGGGAGAGCGAAGAGGAGUACGAUGAAGAUGACGAUGCCAAGAAAGGCUCAACAGACGAGAGCGAGGCCAUCGCCACAGAGGAGAUGUCCAACCUGGUGAACUACGUGCAGCCAGUCAAGUUCACCACCUUCGAAGCAGCCAGAAAAAAAAAUCGAAGCUACGAAAUGUCCUCUUUUGUUGAGACAAAAGGCAUGGAGCAGCUCACCAAGUGCCCCGUGGAAUUCGUGGAAUACAACAAGUGUCAGCUGAGUCGCAUCUACCCGAAGGGCACGCGUGUCGACUCUUCAAACUACAUGCCGCAGGUGUUCUGGAAUGCUGGCUGUCAGCUGGUUGCCCUCAACUACCAAACAAUGGACCUGGCCAUGCAAUUAAACAUCGGCAUGUUCGAGUACAACCGCAGGAGCGGCUACAUCCUCAAGCCAGAGUUCAUGCGGCGUUCAGAUAAGCACUUCGACCCAUUCUCUGAUAACACGGUGGAUGGGAUCAUUGCUAACACCGUCUCUGUGAAGGUGAUUUCAGGCCAGUUCCUCUCUGACAAGAAGGUCGGCUGCUUCGUGGAAGUGGACAUGUUUGGGCUGCCUGUCGAUACGAAGAGGAAAAUUUACAAGACCAAGACGGCACCUGGAAACUCCAUCAACCCCGUUUGGGACGAGGAGCCGUUUGUAUUUAAGAAGGUCGUGCUGCCCACCCUCGCCUGCCUCCGAGUCGCCGUAUUUGAGGACGGCGGCAAGUUCUUGGGCCACCGCAUCAUGCCCGUGUCGGCCAUCCGCCCGGGUUAUCGGCACAUCUGUUUGCGUAACGAAAGCAACCAGGCCCUGGCCUUACCAGCCAUCUUGGUCUACAUACAAGUCAAGGACUAUGUCCCCGAUGCAUUUGCAGAUUUGACGGAGGCGCUCGCCAACCCCAUUCGCUACGUGAGCCUCAUGGAGCAGAGGGCCCAGCAGCUGGCAGCGCUCAUCGGCGAAUUCGACGAAGGGACUACGGAAGAAGUCGUUCCCAAGAUCAUUAAGAAGGAGGAGAACGGCGUGAGUGCUUUGGUGCUGAGGCAGAUUUCCGAGGAUGGGCCAAUAUCCAUGCCCCCUGCACCGCACAAAGUGGCCGCGCCACCCGGAGCUCCGCAGGGAUCCGGCCCAACCGACACUGUCAAAUCACCAGCAAAGUCACCACCACAGAAAGAUGACGUCUUGGCCAGCAUCUUGAGAGGUGUGGAGGCUCUCACGGUGGAGCAGAUAAAGCAGCACAAGGCCAUUCUGAAGCUGCAGUUCAAGCAGCACAAGGAGGCCAAAGACCUGAGCAAACGGCACCAGAAGCGCAUCGCCGAGCUGGCCAAGGAGCAGAUGGCGAGGCUGUCUGACCUUCAGGCGGAGCUCAUUAAGCAGAGGGUCAGCUUGGAGAAGGCCCUCAAGAAGUCAAUAAAGAAGAAGAGCAGGUCACUGAGCAUGUCUCCAAGCAUGAGCCCCUCCGCCAGCCUGGAGGGCGAGUUGUCGGCGCUGGAGGGGCAGGGCGGCCGCCAGAUCACGGAGAUGAAGCAGCAGCAGCAGGAGGAGAUGCUGCACAUGCGGAAGGACCACUGCGAGCUGGAGAAGGCGCGCAGGCAGCAGCACAUCAAGCAGAUGGUGCAGAAAAUGCACGAAGUUGCUGUGGAGUGCCAGGCUACUCAGCUCAAGAAGCUGAGAGACAUCUGUGAGAGAGAAACUAAAGAGCUGAAGAAGAAAAUGGACGGCAGGCGGCAGGAGAAGAUCACAGAGGUGAUGUCCAAAGACACGAAGGACAAGCAAGAGGUGGAAGGGCUCAAGACUGAAAUCAACAGGACCCAUAUUCAAGAAGUGGUGCAGACAAUAAAAAUGCUGACGGAAUCUCAAACCAAACGUCAAGAGAAGCUGGAAGACUCCCACAAGGAAGUUUUACAGCAGAUCCUCGAAGAGGAAACCCAGUACUCGCAGCAGCUGGAGGUGGAUCACUCGCGCAAGCUCCAGGCACUGCCCCAGGAGGUGGAGCAGGACAUGAGAACGAUGAUUCUGGAUCGUUUCACGGUGGAUCCCGUGGAGCUGUCCCCCUCUCCUGGCUCGACGGACGAGAAGGUGGUGGUGCCGCUGGGAGACGGCGGUGGCGGCGUCGAGAGGGAGGCGUUGACGAUGGUCACGGACACGGACGACGUCACGAGGCUAUAGAGAAGUCCCUCGCAACGAACAAGAACGCUGGGCGUUUGCGAUCCUCUGUGUAGUAAUUGGCAGCGUGUGAGAUGGGACCUCUUGUUAGAGUGGACUUCUUCACGGGCAAAUCCGUAUUCUGUAAACGCUGCUUGGAACUUUCGACAUUAAUUGCAAAUUGCUAAUUCUCCUUUAUUCGUGAAUAAGAAGGCUGAAGAAGGCUGAAGAAGGCUGAAGAGGGAAUCGAGAAAGUGGGAUUCAUCCAGGAGAUGCGAAUCGAAACCUUUGGCACUAGUGCGGAUAAAGACCUGAAGAUGCUGCGGUUUUCGCCGAGCAACUGGCAGUCCAAACUUCACCGUCAUCUCCGGUAACAGCCUUCGCGUUUCAAUAAGCACCUCCAUAACGCAAAAUAUUUUCUGUUGCUCCGUGCCACCGCAAGCUACGAGCACCUUCAAGCUUUAGCAGGAGCUGGUGAAUUUGUGGUAUAGCUUUUGUUAAAUGAGAGUAACGAUUAGCACAGUUUCAAGUUCAACAUACAUACAACGCACGUUCAUGUUUCGAAGUAAUGCGUCGUCAUUUUAAUAGAACAUUUCAAGUACAAUACAUGAUAUGAAAUAAUCGUUUUAUAGAUGUCACUUCAGUUUUUAGUUUUAUUGGGAAAUUGGCAAAACGUAUUUUGACAUGGGCUAAAUUGCAUACGGAAUUGUUCUUUGAAGAGCGCCACAAUGAGAGACGUUUAAUGCUGUAGACGUGAAAGUGACAUUUGGUGAAAUGUAGAAAAUGCUGUCAAACAUUAGGAGCGCUAAAAAUUAAUCGCCAGCGGAAGCAUUGGGAUCAAUGUGAUUAUGAUGCAGAAUUGAGCAGCCGUCACAACACACACGAGGCCAUGUGAAAGCCUGUACAUGUCACAAGGCAAAAGAAAAAAAUCUGCAUCAUGUUGUACAAGAUUAUUCACACAAGUGGAUGUUUAGCAAUUCACACUCCGGCCAACGCUCACCACUCAGACUCUUACACCUCACGGAUGGGUCAUUCACACGCAACCGAGUACAACAAAAAUAAUAUAAGGCAUUGGGAACAUAAUCAAUGCAAUAAUAGUGUUCGCAUAACACCAUUAUCACACCUGAAACUAAUAACAGACCAAACAGAAAACAUACGACACAGAAGCAUCUCUGUAAAAACUGUUUGAACUUCAACAACUCUGUUAGAUCACUGUACACAUGCAUGACACAUUGAGUAAAGCGGUACAUGAGUAACUCGCUAGAACUCAUAGGCACUUUCCUUUGAAAAUACCGGGGCCAAAUGUCUACGCGGAAACUUAAAGUUUGCUCACGACAUGUAAGAGUGGUUAAGCAGUUAAAAUGUUCUUACACGAAUGCUAAUUUUAGCUGUAUCGGUUGAUAAUUGGGGGUGGGAGGGGCUAGGAUUUGGGUCACAUUUCUUAAGCCACGAGGCAGCUUCUGAAAUUACAUUGUUGCAAAUCACUUAUCUGGUUCGAGCGCCACAAUGAUGUACAGUACAAAGUGAAACUGGCCUCUGUGAUAACUGUGGCAACAUAUAGUAUGGUCAUAUAUUAAUGGUGUACAUAUUUUUUUCAUAUUAUCCACCAACAACUUUACCAGUUCUUGUUGAUUAAAUACAGCCUCUAAUUGACAUUCAGGAGAGAAAGCAGUACUUUACUUUCAUACUUGAGGAAUUUGCUUUUCUCACUCAGCAUUAGAUUAAAGAGCACUUAAUUCGCGAUAGUAACGGGUUGAAUAGCUAGCAUUUUGUGACAAACCCACAAAACGUAAGUUCCAGCACCAAAAGCGUCCGCACGCUCACCACGAUGUUGCAAAGUGCAUGUUACGGUCAGGUUCAUGAAAACCGGUAUUCUUUAGUCCUAUGCAGUAGCCUAUAUUUUUUGCAUUCUCAAAUUAUGCAGAAGAUAUGUAAAUGUAUACAUGUUCAACACAAUAUAUACCUGUGUGUGCUAUACACAAUGUUCUUAUGUUCUUUCUCAAGAAACUGAGUUCCAAUGUUAUGCUGAAACGUGUACCGGGGGCAGAGCGUUACAUAGACACGCCCAGCCCAAGGUGAUACACAGAGCGGAACGUAGACAGGUCCAGUCCUAUCGUCACUCUACCGCCGAGUGAGGGCCACCUCACGCUGUUGUGGGUCACGUGACCCUCACCAUGCUUCACCACGCCGGUCAGUGCAGUGUGAAGGUGGGCAGCAUAGAUGUGAGAGCGUAGUACAACACAACGAUGGAUUUUGCUGCACUGCCCACAAAAUAGCAUCUGCCAGCACUCUAUGGCAGCCUGUUUUAUGCACGGCAGUUGCCCAUCCAAGCACUAUUCAGGAUCAACUCUUGCUUAUCACUCGGCACAUGCCGGGUGAUUUUGUCGGAUAUAUUCACAGAAAUUGUUAGUACUUGAGGAAGUUUAACACAUUGAGCACUGCUCAAUAUAUAUCUUAUUUUUCCCCCCAGAAAAAUCUUACGAAGCUGCAAAAGUGCGAAAGCUCAUUUUAUUUUUUUGGCUGUGGUCUUAAGUGUGAUUAAAAACCUGCAUGCCUGGAGAAAUCCCACUAAUACUCUGCACGGAUUGGUCCAAAAACCUUGCUGUCUUACUCUCCCCCCCCCCCCUCGCCCGCCCCCCUGAGUGGCACGUCAUGUACCCUCGUGUGGGUGUUUCACACAGCCAAGCGCUGCAGCCAGAUCACAUACAUGCGACGUCGUGUGUUGUUAAAUGACAUUCAAAAUCCGACUUGCAUGCCACGAACAGAUUCGAAUAAGUCAUGCCUGUUUUGGUAGUGUACAUUAUCCGUUUGAAUAUAUUUUAUACUUUAACUAUUGCAUUGAGAGUUUGUAGUUUACAAUCGGGGUGACCUUUUUGGAAUGUCUUGUACGAAGCACCGUUGCAUGACACAGCUUGUGAAUUUUGGAAAUGUCGGUAAUUAUUUGCAUAGAUAAUUUCCCAUACUUGUCAUGUUAAUUGCAAGGCAGAACAGGUAUUAUUGGUGGUGGUGGUGGUGGUAUGUUGAAAGUCUCCAGUAUUGUAUUGUCGAGCAUUGGGCCUUUCAUGUAAACUGGUGGCUAAACACUUAUAUUGUAGCUCCAGAGAAGGCUGAAAUGUUCGACGCUAACGACAAGCAUAUUUUAGUUUUUAGGUCAAUGAGAAUGACAGAUUAAAGUGCGGCCUGUCAUUGCACAACAUUCCAUAUCUGGACAUACAUUAGUCCACGUUAACCAAGUCUGAUGAAAAUCUCGAAUUUCUUGCUUAAAACUUGUCAUCUUUGUAUACGAGGUCUUUGUACAUAUACCACAAAUGGUGAGGUGCCAUGUAAUCACACAAAAUUCAUUAACGAGUAUUGAACACUAGCUUUGUUAUUGCCUCGUGUAUUUUUACUUGCAAAUGUUGAUUCAAAUAUUCAGAAGCCUCUUUUUCCAUUGACACAGCCAAACCAUGCUGGGGCCAUGCCGAACAAACUCGGCAUAGCUCCGGAGGCGCUAUAGGUUAUUUUUCACGACAGAAAGCCCCGAGCUGUACCUAGUGGCGUCUGCAUCACACGUGCGUAUACUGUCUGAAAUAACGUAAUGACUACAAUUAUAACCCCCCCUCUCCACCCCUGGCCCUGCUUGGCUGCGAGCCAGACUCAGAAGUCUUAUAAGGUCAGAGUUUUAUAGUUUGGUUCUGGCUCAACUCGGCAAAUAAGCAGUGGAAAAAACACUCGGACCGCGAGGCUCUCCCCAGGGCUGGCUCGGCUCAGAUGUGCCAGUGGGAGGGCAAGCCAGAGAUUGUCAUGCAGUGCUGGCGCUGUUCAUCUCUACCCUGGAUGCUGCAGUCCUUGGUCACCGGUGGUCACGGUUAGUGAGGUGGAUAGUGAUUUCGAUAACUUUCUAUUUUGAAAAGACCUAGCUUCCCCAAUCUACUAAGCACCCCACCAGGUUUUACAAUGAGGCACACAUGAUGGCUGUGGAGUAUUGCAAGUUCUUUAUUUUUGCAGGAUAGAACUACUGCUUGCUCCGCCGUCUUCGUUACUUGUCAUUAAAUAAGCAGAAUGGGGUAUUAGGAGUCACCGAUGUAAUUCAAGCCUGCAAACAGAGAUGUGUUUCAAUAUACCAAACACAUUAUUUAUCUCAAUCAAUCUUUAUUUUACGUGCCCAUAUCGCUCUCCAUAAAGUAGACAUCAGUGCACAUUACAGCAGAACGGGGAAGGUACAGGGGCAUAUGAAAUUAUACAAUUACAAGAUACAAUAAUCACUGGGCCUACAACGAGGCCCCACCAAAUCCAUAUAUGCUGAGAUAAAAUAUGAUCAUUUGGUCUGCCAUUGCUUGAACUAAGGGAAGAUUGGAUCAUUAUCACCAAGCGUCAUACAUUCUUACAACGCUACACGUCAUAGGGAAUAGAACACUUUUGGUAGGAAUCAUUAAACAAACAAUUACUUGAUAAUUGUUUUUUUACCCUUCUAUCUGGCAACAAAACUGACACCUUUUUUACAAGGAGUCAUGUUUGCAUUGACCACAAUACCUGCAGUCAUAAUGCAAACAAAAAACAUAACUCUGAUAAUGUGCACUGUCCUUGAAGUUGAUUGGUCCACACCCGAGACAGCUUUCCUUAGAGCCUAGUCUCACAUGGGUUGGACCAGAUGACGCCAAAAGGCGCACAACUCAAAGACAAUGCACCAUCAGAGUAUGAGAGCUCGGGGUAAGCAUUUACACCAUUGGAACCUCAUUUGCCAGUAAAAAAGAUGAUUGUUUUUUUACCCUUCUAUCUGGCAACAAAACUGUUCGAUAUCUGUUUGAUAUCUGGACGUGGCUGACGGUUAGUACUGCUUCAUGAAGUAUACACACUGAUCACAUGUUGACGGCAUAGCAGAGGUGGGAAAAAUACAUUAAAAUGACAUAUUACUUGAGUAUCGUUGCAUAAGUACAAUUACCAAUUACCUUGCGUUGUGUAUUUUACAUACCCAUUACGUAUGUAAUGAAAUUACAUCUUUAAAGUACGUACUUUAUAAAACUGUACCACCCAUCUCUGCAACACCAGCUGCAACGAGAAGACAGCAUGACCAGUGACAACGAGGCAUGAAUGGCUUUGGCCACGACUCAAAUGUUUGCUUGGUUGUUGGGUCUCCAUAACCCUAUGCUAUUUAGAGGCAAUGUUCAACAUUUAUUCGCUACACUAAAUAGACAUAGGCUUAACAAAGCAGUUCUUGCUCUAAUCUCUGUCGUCUAUAUCUAAGAACUUUAAAUUUGUUACAUUUGUACUCACCUUUGUUCUGCACGUUUUUUUAUUUAAUUUGUAGUGAGCAUUAAUGCUAUGCAAAAUCGCGUAGCAUUAAAAUGUGUUGCAGUUAGUUACGGUGCUAAGAUAAGUUGUGGGUUUUUUUUAUUAUUUCUGUCGCUCGUAAAAAUGUUUAGUGAUACUGUUGUAUACUACUGUGCUGCAUUGCAAAUGUUGAUAAACUUAAUUUAAUUCAUGAUAUUAUGGGGGCAUGCAUGUGGUAUUAAGAUAAAUGGGUUUUCACUGCUCACUACUCAUCACCUUCAGUAGAUUGAAUGUAUGGAAAAUGGCAUAUCAUAGUCACACUACUGCACUGUAAAUAGGCAAUGCACAAAAUAUACAAGACCCAGUUAACCACAAUGUGUGUGUGCUCCCCUUCAGAUAAGGAGUCUUUUAAAUGCACAAUAUAAUUGAAACAGACAUUUAGCCGAAAUGAAAUUAAGACCUCGUGUAGGCCCAUCAAUACGUAUACCACAAUUUUAAAUGUAUUGGUGUGUAGUAUUAUUAUUAAAAGACCACCUCUCGUGGACAUGCAUAUCAUUUGGUAUUUGAAUCAGUCAGUUUAUGAAUAAAAACAACAUUCAACAAUCCAUACCUUUUAUGCAUAGGGUGCAAUGCAUUGAUAUGAUCGACAGCUCAAAAUGACAAUUCAAUAUUCUUAGGUUUUUUCGGUAAAGUCACGUC